AUGGCGGAGCGAAUGAGCGAUGCCAGAGAAUCGCCCGGGGUUGGGGAAGACCAACAACAUGAGCACAGAUCCAAGCGCUUCCGCUUCAAGACCAGGAAAGAGGAUCCAGGGCGUAGCGACACGGAGUCGAAGCGCAAACGGCGGCGGGAUGAAGAUCCUUCUCGCAGGCACAGAAAGCGGCAGAGAUCUCCACGACACUCGCAUCCUGAGGAGCGAUUCGGACCAAACCACCUAUCUCCCGACAGGGCCUUUCAAGAAUCUCUCUUUGACGCUCUCGGAGAUGACGAAGGCGCAACGUUCUGGGAAGGCAUCUACGGACAGCCAAUACACAACUAUCCAAACACCUACGAAGAUCCGGAGACCGGCGAAUUGGAACGCAUGACCGACGAAGAAUAUGCGCAGUUUGUCCGGCGGAAGAUGUGGGAGAAAAGCUGGGAGGGUAUCGAGGCCGCAAAGGAAGAGAAAAGAAGAGAGCGAGAAAGAGAGAAACAAAAGAUUCGAGAUGAGGAGAGAAGGCGAGGGACAGCCAGACAGCCACAAUACGACAAUGAUGUCUUUGAUACUCAUAUCGAAGCCAGCCUGCGGCGUGGGGAGAGGAGAAAAGACCGCAAGCGAUGGCAGAGCCUGUGGCAGGAUUACCUGGCCCGCUGGGAAGAACUCCAAAAGAUGGCUGAAGCCCGGCAGAAAUCCACAGAGGACGCUGAACAGGUCUACCUGCGCAACAAGAUUGCGUGGCCUGUUGAGUCGGGCAAGCGCAAGGACGUGGUUCGCGAUGAAAUUGAGCGCUUCAUCAAGAAAGGCACGGCAGCCUCUGGUGACAGCGAGUCACCUGCAAAUCCCUUUGCAAGUGCGAUCAAGGCCGAGCGUGUCAGGUGGCAUCCUGACAAAGUACAACAGCGGUACGGCUUUAUGGAGAUUGAUGAGAACACGCUGAAAGGCGUCACGGCCGUCUUCCAGAAUUUGGAUGCGAUAUGGAAUGAAUUACGGGAUAAGCCAGGCUGA